UGAUAUUUAAAUAUCUUCAUGAAGACACAUAAGGUCCUCAGCCCAGAAAGAGCGAGGGUAAACUGGGUGGGAGGCGUGGCGUCCUAAUCCAGAAGGAUCCUGUGAGUCAGCUGCACAAUAAUCUGCCAGCAGCAGAGAAUAUAAACAGACACAGGGGAGGAAUUUGAGUCAAAUCAUCCAAUAAAAUCAGGCAAUUUCCCUUUUGAACUUCUGCUGGAAUUUUAUUGAAACAGAAAGAACAAAGCUGACUGAAGCUGAGGAAUAUGGCGCUCCUGAAGUCAGGCUGGCUGUGGAGACAGACCGCCAUUUUGAAGCGCUGGAAGCUGAACUGGUGCGACCUUUGGAUAGACGGCAGCCUGUGUUUCUACAAGAGCGACAGCCGGCGGGAGUUAGAGCAGCGAGUCAGUCUGAAAACAUCGUGCAUCGAUGUCCGGUCUGGUCUGGAGUGUGGAGGUGUGAACCCUCCAGAGAGUAAUCCCAGGGAAAACCUCGUAGUGAUUCAUUUCAGAGAAGGCUCAACACUCAACCUGUGCGCAAACAGUGAAGAUGAGUCUCUAGCAUGGAAACUGACUCUGCUUGAAACCAGAAGAAACCCGGUGUUUGCAUACGACCCGUAUGAUGACUCCUACCAGGCCGUCCCCAUGAACGGAUACCACACUGUCUACAUCACACCUGGAGCGGGACCAGGAACCCACCAGGUGAUCGUCCAGAGGGAUCCGUUUGAUGGAGUCGCAGAGAGCGUGGCGCUGGGAUUACUGGCGGGCAUGGCGGCGGGGGCAGCCAUGCGGUCCUUCCUCUGGAUGCCCUUCUUCUUCUGCUGAAGGCGCCGGUCGCUCGUCUCCUCCGGAGGACUCAGCCGCCUCACAGAAACGUGUAGAAAAGCUUCUCCAUCACGGUUCGCUUUUCUCUUCAGGAGCAGUUCUGAAUCUGACACCAAAAGGCUGCUGUGUAUUUAUGUUAUUCAUUUAUUCAGGACAUUACAACUACCCGUGGACAUUUCUGAAACAACACGCCAGUUUUGUAUUUAAUGCUCUUUUAAAUACAAAACUGGCGUGUUAGUGGCAUGCUGUUUUACAUUUUACAAGCUUACAAAAAAAUCAGCUCAUUCCAAGCAUUGCUGUGUUAGAAGAUAAAUCAAUAAAUUAAAACAAACGCUCAUUUUCUCCUAACUUGUUUUGCUUUCUGUGAGUUCCCAUGGCAACAGGCACUUAGCUGGGGAAGAUGCAGGUCUUUCCAUAAUUUUUUUUUUUUUUUAAAACUACAAUCUAUUUUUAUGGUAAUAAACCAGCAGCUGUGGUUGAGAGAAACACAGUAAAAACUACAAUAAACAAAAAGUGUGAAAUUUACAGGUUCUACUAAGUUUAGCAUAUUUUCACUGUUUUUAUAACUUUGUAAAUAAAAAAUAAUACUGUUUAAAUCAGUGAAUUUAGCAAGAUGGUGUUGUUAUAGUACAAAGUACUCAGUCGAUAAAACUUUACUGGGAAAUGUUGAAGAAAAAAUGUGUUGAAACAGGUAUAGUAAAAUAAAUCUUGUUUUGAUACAUUUGUGUAAAAUUUGACAAUUGAACAUGCAGAAAGUGUUUUGUAUAUUGGAGAAUACUCCUGAUUAGUUCAGUGAUUUUGUUUUGAGUUUAGAAACAGCAUAAAUAGAGAGUUUAGAGUAAAUCGAUUCGUUUCUUUUGGAUUCUGAACUGAAGUGUGAGCUAAAAUUCAAGCUAAAGACCGGCUCAAGUCAAUUUAGUUUAUUUUAUGGCACCAAUUCACAAU